AUGGAUUUUAGAUCACGUGUUACUGCCAAAACCAAUCAGGAAAGCAUUCGAUCGCGAUUCGCUUCGAAACUCAUAUUAACGGAGUCUUCAACGGAUAAUCUUGGGGAAGUUAGGAAUAAGCUGUGGAUUUCAAUCCAGAAAAAUGGCGAACUUCCAGAUCGGAAACCAGAUCAUCCUUCGACAUUCAACUCGAUCGCACCAGUUGCCAUGCAACCUACCCAUACUGAAAAAUCUAGGUCAAACAUAAAAUACCAGAACACAGUUGCCGAAGACAGGUUCGUUACGAAGCCUGUUGUCGAAUCAUACUUCUGCGGGCAACUAGAUAUUGAUGACCCCGAUAAAGACUUCAGAAAUGAUCCUUAUAUGGUAACAGAAUACAUCCAGGACAUUUUCAGGUAUAUGAGGACCUUGGAGGACAAGUAUCCUAUCAGGAAAGGUUUCCUCGAUGGUCGUCAACCAACCCCGAAUAUGCGAGAAAAACUCGUCGACUGGCUGGUACAGAUGCGUUUGAAAUUCAAAAUGCGUAUUGAGACGCUUCAUAUGUGUGUUAGCCUCAUUGACAGGUACACACAGAACAACGCGCAGGUGGGACGUGAUAUAUAUCAGUUAGUUGGGACAUCUGCUUUUUUGAUAGCUGCUAAAUACGAAGAGACGUUCUAUCCGUGCAUGUAUGAUUUGAAGUUCAUAGGCGGCCGCAUUUAUUCUGGAAGGAAAAUUCUUCAAAUGGAGAGAGACAUAUUGGAUAAGCUCGCUUUUGGUCUGGGUCGCCCCUCAUCUAUUGAUUUUUUGAGGAGGUACGUUCAGAUUGCUAACGUGCGCAGGGUCCACCAUAUCUUGGGUAAAUAUAUGCUGGAGCUGGCACUAAUGGCAUACGACAUGUGCCACGUGAAACCUUCGCUUCAAGCUGCUGCAGCUUGUUGCCUGUCAAUGGGAAUUCUGGAUAGCAUUAGCGACUUGUCGAGUCUUUGGACUCCAACCCUCAUAUUUUAUACGGGUUACGAAUAUGCGGAAUUCGAAAGAGUUGUAGUUUGCUUGGCAAAAAUUUUGAUCAAUAGUGAGACUUCCAAAUUUCAAACUAUCAGGAGGAAGUAUGCUGGGCCGGAAUGUGCAAAAAUAAGUUCGAUUUCGUUGUUGAAGGGAUAUCUCGUGAGGAAGCUUGCCAGAAUGACAAUCAACCAGUGA